GACCAGCUCGCCCUGGUCAGCCGAGUGGUGUGACUUCCCAGUCAACAUGAAGGCUCUCCUUAUUCUGGGGCUUCUCUUCCUUUCUGCCUCUGUCCAGGGCAAGAUCUUUGAAAGGUGCGAGUUUGCCAGAACUUUGAAACGAAAUGGAAUGGGUGGCUACCACGGAAUCCGCCUGGCAGACUGGGUGUGUUUGGCCCGAUGGGAGAGUAGUUACAACACCAAAGCUACAAACUACAAUCCUGGAAGCAAAAGCACUGAUUACGGGAUUUUUCAGAUCAAUAGCCGCUACUGGUGUAAUGAUGGCAAAACCCCAGGAGCAGUUAAUGCCUGUGGCAUAUCUUGCAAUGUUUUGCUGCAAGAUGAUAUCACUCAAGCUAUAGCUUGCGCGAAGAGGGUUGUCCGCGAUCCACAAGGCAUUAGAGCAUGGGUGGCAUGGAAGAAGCAUUGUGAGAACCAAGAUCUCACUCAAUACAUUCAAGGUUGUGGAGUUUAACUGUGGAGUUUUCAUUCUUCAACUCACUUUUGCCUCUUUUUCGUAUUAAGGGAGUAGUAAAUAAUUGAAAGGUCAUACUACCAUUCUUUCCCCUUCAAUCACAGAAUUUUUUACAGAAGCAGGAACAAAAUAUCACCUUUCUUCUAAGGCUUAAUGAUUAAUAACGUGUGUACUAUUUGAUAUUACGUCUACAACAUUUUUCAGUUUGCUUAAAAGAACUAAUGCUGGUGGAAAUGAAUCUAAAGUCUUGGUUAACAAAUACAUCUCCAAUAUAUUCAGUUCAUAAUCAAAGAAAUAGCCCAGACUUAAUCUUGACUAAUACAGUUACUCCAUAAUAUUAGAUAAAAAUGUAAUAAAAGACUAUCUCAGAAUAAAUUGAUCUCAGGCCGAAUCCCAACUGUGUAGGCAUACGAUGCCUUCAACUGUUCAGUCAUCUUCAAAAGCAGUAAAGAUGGUCACUCUUUAUUGGGCAAUAUAAAAUUUAAAAAGAUGCAGAAUGCCAAAUGGCUGAAGUGCUGAUUGCCUGAAUUAAGAAUUUUGUUUUCACGAAGUGUGUGACCUUUGGUUGAAAUUUUUUUCUUAGAAAAAGCUGCUUUUAUGCAGCUUUACAAAUAGACUCGCAAUUUACAUUUCCAUCUCUUUUAGUCCUUUAAAAACUCUCUCAUGCAUCUUGUUAAUCAUGAAGGAACAUAAAGAAAGAUUAGAAAAGUGAUUGCUAUUCUUUAGUUUUAUUAAUGUAAAUUCAUGCAUCAAGACUAAAUCCAGAAGGCAGAUGAGUUUUGCAAGUAUUGAAAUAAUUGCUAAUUAACUACAGGUAUGAAAUUAUGCACAUUGUAAAAAAAAAUGCAAACAUGGUCAUUAAAGGCUUUGUAACUCA